UUUGCAGGAGUAGUAUCCAGCAGUGCAGGGAAGUGUGCCAUUAAUUCGGUGCUGAGCUUUUCUAAUGGUGCAUGAUUCAAAGCUCAAUUCCCAAAUUUCUUAAGUAUAUUAUCGUGGACUCUGGUUUCCGGUCAACAAUGUUGAGUCCAAGGUCAAUACCCAUAUGAAGAGUUUGACUGUUGGACCACUAUCGGGCUUGCAGGAAGCGGACUCAUUAAAUUUCUAGUGCGAUCGUGCUUGAGCUGAAGGCCUAUCUUCUUCUGAAUUUGUUUUGUGGGACUUUGGACUCUCCUCAAAAAGCUAAGUCAUGGCAAAAAAAGCACCUUCACAGCCUGCCCUUCAUAAAGUGAUAAUGGUUGGUGCAGGUGGUGUAGGGAAGUCAGCUCUCACCCUGCAAUUCAUGUAUGAUGAGUUUGUGGAAGAUUACGAACCAACCAAAGCAGACUCGUAUAGAAAGAAGGUUGUCUUGGAUGGAGAAGAGGUGCAGAUUGACAUUCUUGAUACUGCUGGUCAAGAGGACUAUGCAGCCAUCAGAGACAAUUACUUUCGAAGUGGAGAAGGAUUUCUCUGUGUCUUCUCUAUCACAGAAGACGAUAGCUUUGCUGCAACUCAGGAAUUCAGGGACCAGAUCCUUCGGGUGAAAAAUGACGAGAACAUCCCAUUCCUCUUGGUGGGGAACAAAUGUGACUUGGAAUCAAAGAGGAAAGUCACUUUAGACAUGUCUCAGAGAAGGGCAGCUGAAUGGCGGGUUCCCUACGUCGAAACAUCUGCUAAGACGAGGGCCAAUGUAGAUAAGGUGUUUUUCGAUCUGAUGCGAGAGAUCCGGUCUCGCAAGUUAGAUGAACAGAAAGUGAGCAACGGGAAGGGGAAAGACAAGAGCAAACGAAAGAAGCUCAAAUGCUGUUUACUUUGAGAUUCUAGAUUUUCCUUGAUUUGCUACGCAUCAUGAGAGAUUACAAGGAACCCAGGCAACAGAAGCACAGAGAAGAUGGCAACAAGACUACUGAGUGUUGCCUCAAGGGAUGCCAAAUUUCUUGAGAUGGUUUUUUCUGCAUUAUUUUAUCCCCUUCAGGUUGAAUGUGUUAUUUUUGCUUAGCUCUUUUCAUGCAACCAAGUAUAAUUUCUGUAAAUCUUGACCUCUCCUGCUGGUGGGAGAAUUCUCCAAGCAGAUCGGAGUGUGCCUGAUCGUCAUUUUACGUGUUGCCAGUCGUUAGAUGUUGGUUUAUAUAUCAAAAUCAAAUACCAUCUCUGUGGGUUGUCCUCAAAAGUGCUCACAAUUGUUUCCCUUUCUCUCAUCAACCCACAAUAUUUCACAUAUUUCAUCUGCCCUUUGUAAAGAUGUGUUGCUAGCUCCAUGUUUUCAGGCGACAUGUUGCCUAAAUUCUUGAGUUGUCAUCUCACAACAUGAAACUGUUCUGGACCCCUAUUUAUUUUUGCAUGUAACCAAAGCUGUGUAGAUAAGUGGCAGUGUGGGAGAAUUCAUCGGACAGCAACAUGAUUUUGUCAAUGAAGGCCAGUGAUAAAAAAAAGACUUGAGAUGUCCUCAUCGUUACCUACCAAGUCCAAGUGCCUACUUGAUCCUUGAAUCAUCUUUGUCAUAGAUUGGUUGAUAAGCUUAAUGUCCAUUGUAUUCCCAUCCCUUAGAUAUCUUUGAAAUCUCCAAAAUGGUCAUUCAUAAAUUAUAGGUAUCUGCUGGCAUUAUCAGGAAAUUUGAAAUAAACAUCAGUGUCUUACAAAUUA